AUCAAAUGACGUUACACCUUUCACAAAACAAAGUUUAAAACAUUUAAAUAGAACAACAACAAAACGAUUAUCAUAUAAUGAUGCUGUGGAUUUGGAAGAAAAAUUAAGUUUGUGUUCUAUGAAAAAUUUAGUACUUGAUGAAGAAAUUGUACCAGUUACUAGUUCACAAGAAGAAGUAAAUCUAGAGAACUCACUUAAUUUGAAUAUCGAACACUUUCAAGAUGAAGAAAGUUCUGUUGAAUUUAUAGAUGAUUUUAAUAUUGAUCAGGAAAGUUUAUCUUCAACAAGUGACGAUGAUUUAGAGUCCAUUAAUAACACUGAUGAUCAUGCAGAAACUUUACAGACAGGUCAAAUAGAUUGUGAAUUACACUCAUUAACUCACGUUACAGUGGAAAAAGCUAUGGUCAACUUAUUACAGUUAAUUCGACAAUCACAAAUCAGCAAAAAACAGUCCGAACGUUUAUUAUAUUUUAUUAAAUCAAUAUUACCAGUUCCCAAUCAAAUGCCAAAAGAUAUGGAUACAUUAUUAAAAGCACUUAAUAUGACUGAUUAUUUUAAUAAAAGAACAAUUUGUAUUCUUUGUGAUAAAGAUCUUGAAAAGAACAAAAAUCUAUGCAGUAAUUGUACUGGAACAGAAACAAAAUAUGUUGCUCAUAUUCGCGAUACAGAUAAGAAGCUAUUUACAAUGGACGUCUAA